AAAAUAAAGCAAAAGAAAGCUGAAACAUUUACUUCAUGUACAAUACAACAACAAGAGGUCAUAUACAAACACAACCCCCUUCCCAUUUCACCUUCCUCUCCCAACCAUUUAUUAGAUUCCUCCAAUGGUCUUCUCCUUUUCCCAUUGAUUGUACAGUUUCCCAGCUGAGAUUACCCAUCUCAAUCCCUUCAUUUCUUCUUGAUUUUUGCUUUCUUCAGUGGUUUUUCUCAGACUUUAAUACACAAACUCCUCUGGGUCUUUCUGGGUUUUUUUUUGGUUUUGGUUUUGGUUUUUGUUUUUGUUUUUGCUUUUUUUUCUGCACAACUCUCUCUGGGCUUCUUGCAGAAAAGCUUCUCAUACCCUGUAGUAUAUAUGCCAUAAAAGGGUUGUAGAGACUAAUCAUAAUUUUCUAUUUUCUCAAAUUUUUGGGUUAACUUUUUCUCAAGAAAUUAGCUUUACUUUGUUUUUGCAAUUUUCUCGUUUGAAACUAAAGGGAAGGAGAGAAAUAGAUACAUGGGCAAGCAAGGACCUUGCUAUCACUGUGGUGUCACAAGCACUCCUCUUUGGCGUAAUGGGCCACCAGAGAAGCCAAUACUGUGCAACGCUUGUGGAUCACGGUGGAGAACAAAAGGAACACUGGUAAACUACACCCCUCUACAUGCUAGGGCAGAACCUGAUGAAUUUGAGGAUUACAGGGUCUCGAGGGUGAAGAGCAUAUCUAUUAAGAACAAAGAAGCAAAGUUGCUAAAAAGAAAGCAAAAUCACGACAAUGCAGUAGUUGGAUGGGUUGCUCCUGAUUAUAACCAGGGUUCAAGGAAGGGUCUAGAUGAAGAUACUAGUAAUAGGUCAAGUUCUGGCUCCGCCAUAUCCAACUCUGAGAGCUGUGUGCAGUUUGGCAGUUUAGAUGCAAGUGAUAUGACAGGUCCAGCCCAGUCGAUUGUGUGGGAUACAAUGGUACCUUCAAGGAAGAGGACCUGUGUUAAUCGUCCAAAACAAUCUCCAGUGGAGAAGCUUACUAAAGAUUUAUAUACGAUCCUACAUGAACAACAGUCCUCACACUUCUCUGGAUCGUCUGAAGAGGAUUUGCUUUUUGAGAGCGACACACCAAUGGUCUCUGUUGAGAUAGGACAUGGAAGUGUUCUUAUUCGACAUCCAAGCUCCAUAGCUCGAGAAGAGGAAUCUGAAGCAAGCUCUCUUUCGGUUGAUAACAAACCACACCGAUUAAAUGAGGCUUAUUCUCAUUUGACUGCCCUUCCUGUACAUAUUUAUAACAAGUGUGCUGACUUUCCAAGUCCAGGGAUUGAAAAAAACAAGAGGCCUGCUGGACAAGGGAUGCAACAAGAGCAAAUCAAAAGGGACAAGGCUCAGCAUGAAAAACUGCAGAUUCUGGGGAAUCAUAAUUCACCUCUUCGUUAUAUAGAUCUCAAAGAUGUUCUCAACUUUGAUGAAUUCGCAAGUCACCUGACGAAUGAAGAGCAGCAGCAGUUGCUGAAAUAUCUUCCUUCUAUUGAUACUGACAGCCUUAAAAGCAUGUUUGCUAGCCCUCAAUUCGACGAAAACCUGUCCUCCUUCCAGAAGCUGCUCGGAGAAGGGGUUUUUGACUUGUCUUUCUCUGGGGUGAAAGCUGAAGACUGUAAGAUAUUGAAGAGGCUGGCAUUGUGCAAUUUGUCAAAAUCGAAGUGGGUGGAACAAUAUAAUCUGCUCAAGGAUGUAAAACGUAAAAGUAGCAACAGAGGGCCUGUAGUUCCUGGACCUAAUGCCAUUGCAUCUGCAAAUCCAGCACAUGUAAAGCGAUCACAUGAUGGCUCAUUUCAAAAUUAUCCAGGAGCAAAGACAACAAUGAAGAGCCCCAAAAGGGUUAUGAAAAGUAGCUAUGAACACAAAGAACUUGUUGACAAUGAUGUCUCUUGUUUUAGUCCAAGAAGCCUGUUUGCCUUGCCUCCCGAUAGUAGCUCCCUUAUGCUAGACUCUUUGCAGUUUAUGGGUGAGAGUUCCGAUCAAGAUCUGCUGCUGGAUGUGCCGUCCAACAGUUCCUUCCCGCAGGCGGAGCUCCUUCUCCCGACUUCCAGUUUUGGCGCCCAAGCGAGCACUAGUAGUAGCUCAAUACACCCACAACUUAUCCGACCCUAAGUGCUUUAUCAAGACACUACUUUUAACUAGGCUACUUAGGUUACUUUCUGUUAAAAAUACGUGUUGGAAUAGACUUAUUUUGCACGCCAAAAACUUACAAAAGUCAUAUGUGAAUGAAGGUUUGAUGUUGCCUUUUCUUUUCUUGGCCUAUGUUAAAACUUGAAAAUGCCAAGGGGAUUGAGUGUGGGUGGGCUUUUUGUAUAGGUUGACACAAGAAGGUUGUAAUAUAUAAGUUUCAAAAUGCACAAGAGGUGGUAAGUGAAGAGAUUUUGGAUAAACCUACACUUCUGUUGGCAACAUUUUGUGGUGAUAAAAUUUACUCUCGUCUUUUGUUUCUCCCCAAA